GUCACCAUCGAGCCUUGCCAGCGUCGAGUUACCAUCUCAUGGCCUCGGCAGCAUGCCCGCCACGGGCGCUCAACGGAGCGUCCUGGGCCCCUCUGGCGCCGGCUCCGCGGACUGCGGCGCUUCAACUCCGCACCGCGCCCCACAGCGCGCAGCGCACCGCGCACUUCGCUUGUGCGCUGCUGGUGCUGCGGACUGCGCGAAGAGCGGUGUGCAAGGCGGGCAACGCAGCAGUGCGUCGGAUGCAAGCUCUUCCUGGCGAUCCUGCGCGGCAGAUGCCGGACAUCCCGAACUGCCUGGCAGAUGGCACGCCGGGAAGCAAGGCCGGCAAUGCGGCAUUCCGGAAGACCCAGCAGUCUUUUGGGAAGCCAGUGCGGCAGAAGCAAGUGCCGGAGCUCCAGGACUGCUUGGCUGAUGGCACGCCCGUGAGCAAGGCAGGCAAUGCGGCAUUCCGGAAGACCCAGCAGUCUUUUGGGAAGCCAGUGCGGCAGAAGCAAGUGCCGGAGCUCCAGGACUGCUUGGCUGAUGGCACGCCCGUGAGCAAGGCAGGCAAUGCGGCAUUCCGGAAGACCCAGCAGUCUUUUGGGAAGCCAGUGCGGCAGAAGCAAGUGCCGGAGCUCCAGGACUGCUUGGCUGAUGGCACGCCCGUGAGCAAGGCAGGCAAUGCGGCAUUCCGGAAGACCCAGCAGUCUUUUGGGAAGCCAGUGCGGCAGAAGCAAGUGCCGGAGCUCCAGGACUGCUUGGCUGAUGGCACGCCCGUGAGCAAGGCAGGCAAUGCGGCAUUCCGGAAGACCCAGCAGUCUUUUGGGAAGCCAGUGCGGCAGAAGCAAGUGCCGGAGCUCCAGGGCUGCUUGGCAGAUGGCACGCCCGUGGCAUCAGCCGGCAACAGGUCACUGAAGGGGCACGGGGCGCCUUCAAGUUCAGUCACUGCGCCUUGCGCAGGGGAGGCGAUAGCGCGGCAAUGCGAGUCCAGCUUGCCGGAUGGCACUGCCCGCAACGCGGCCGGCAACUUGGUGAACUACCCAGAGAAGAUGCCGCCGGAUUUGGUGCCAGCUCCCUGGUUGCAGAGUCGUCAGCUUGAGCGAAAACGAACAGAGAAUGAGGUAGAAAUCCUUUUCAGCCCCAAGAGCGGCAAGAACGGCGCGGCUGGUACGCCAACAAAUGGCGACAGCUCGUCCCGAGCUGACGAACCGCUGCGGAGAUCAGCGCGCUUUGCUGAGCUGAAAUCUCAGCUGAGCCGAGGGUCUGGCAUCAAGACGCCGAAUGGUGACAGCGCUGCGCAGGACUCCCGUUCGCAGGACGGGAAGAAGCGAUCUCCAAGCCUGGCGGAAGUCAAAGCAAGGUUGCAGAGUCUUCAAUUGCAGAGUCUUCAACUUGAGCGAGAGCGGAUCGAGAAAAGCCGGGAUAGUGGAGCCCCGAAUGGUAGCAGUCUUUUAGCUGACGCUGACGAGCCACUGCGGACAUCAGCGAGGUUUGCCGAGCUGAAAUCCCAGCUGCGGAGUCCGAAGGGCAAGAAGAAUGGCACUGACUACCCUCAGCCUAAGGAGCAAAAAGAAUCCACGCAUGAUGAAUGGGAGGAAACGCUGCUCGUUGUCGCCUUUGUGGUGACUUUACUUUUCACCAGCGGACUCACCAACCAGGCCAUGGAGCCGGUGGAGUAUCGAGAGCCGGAGGUGGUUAUUCAAUCAGGUGCCCGAUCCGGCGGCCUCGCAAAUCUAUUUGGUUGAAAUGGAGUGGACUUGCGAUGCGUUUCUUGUCACCCAAGGUCAGACCAUCAAACUGGGCGGUGGCCAUGGGGAAGUGGCAUCCUGUCCCAGCAUGGCCUUUACUCGAGUGUGCUUUCUGAGAUUGUGUUGAGCGUUGUUUUUCUCUCCAGCAGUGGGUGACAGUGCAGAAGUUUGCAAGUUGAGAUGAAUGUGUGUCUUUUCCUCGUGCAAGCAACGAUGGAUAAAUAGGGGCACAGAUGCUCAAGAGUAGCCUCGCAAGCCCAUAGACAAGGCUUUUCUGCGCUGUCUAGGUACAGUUGCGCGGGCGCCCCUUUUUUGGGGGGCGGGGCCGGUUUCCUUAAUUCGCACAGCCAGAGCUUAAGGCCGUUCGUUCAAUUGUCAAUGCGCUUCCGG